AUGGCAGACGAAACCAAUAAAGAUACCCGAUCGACCUCAUCUAGGCGUAAACCCGAUUUUUCAAAAUCUGCCACAACACGACGUGCAGGAGGAGCAUCCGCAACAGCAACAAACACCAAGAAUGGUAAAAAUCAUCGUAAACAAGCAGCAGAUUCGUCAUCUGAUUCCAAGAAUAAUGGAACAGCAAUUGUUGAUACUGAAAUCAGUGGCUCGGCUGCCACAUCCAGACCUACUACCAGCCAUGACAAGAGAGAUUCUAUGAAGGAUGAAGUUGUUGAUGAUGGCUGGGAUACUGAUUUAGAAGAAUCUUCAAGCGAAGAUCUUCGAAAGGCCGGAAACAAAUCAGAUCCUUAUAUGGCAGCGUGUAAAUCAUUGGGUAUUGUCCCAUCCUCAUAUUUUGCAAACAAGUAUAACUCGGGUAGUACCGAAAUCCUGAUGAGAUACCAUGGUAUUGGACCUAAAGGAGCACAAGCUAUUGCUGAAGUGCUGAAAUUGACGAAUUCUGUAAUUAUUAAAUUGGAUCUUGCUGAUAAUCGAUUAGGAGUAGGAGCAGCUCAUUUAGGUCUAGCUCUCCAAAUCAAUCGAACAUUAUCGUAUCUGGAUGUUGCUGGCAACAAUCUUGGUACCGAGGGAUGUAGAGAGCUGGCUGACAUGUUGCAGUAUAAUGUGACCAUCAAGACUAUGAAUGUUGGAGGGAACCAUAUUGGCGAUAAGGGAGCUCAGCUGUUUGCUUUGGGACUACGAUCAAACAGUAGCUUGACUGCCCUUGAUCUCAGUCGGAAUGAUAUUGGAGAUAUAGGAGUUUUAGCCAUUGGACAAAGUCUAUCAGCAAAUGAUGGAUUGAAGGAGCUUAAUAUCUCUUGGAACAAUAUCAGAAUACCUGGGUUCAGCAGUUUCUUCAGCUCCAUAAGGGACAAUGUCACAUUAAGCCAUCUACGCAUUCAUCACAAUGGCAUAGGAGACUCAGUAGCACCAUUAGCACUCUUCAUGACCAAGUCACCAGCAUUACAAUUACUGGACUUGACCUUCACGCGACUAUCUGACGCAGCCAUAUCAUCGCUCGCACGUGCAUUAGAAACAUCUCAGGCAUUAAAAGAGGUCGAGUUUUCAAAUAAUCCAUUGACGGAACAAAGUGCACAAACAAUCUUGAAGGCUCUGACGAACUCGAAUAGCUUGAAGAAGAUUGGUAUCAAGGAAAUUCAAAUGGUCGAUGAAACAAGACACAAAUUCGCCAGUUUACGUUCAGAAAAGUCCGUAGUAGUUGACAUGUAG